AGCUUCUUGUUGGCUAGGCUAACGCCGGCUAUAUCAUCUAAGCGGUGUUUCGCCGCUUCGCACGUUGCUAGCUAGUUGCAAUGUUGUAGCUAUUAGCACGCUAGCCAUUCCUUCGCUGGGAGGGAGACCCGCCGUUGAGUUUAACCAACCUACGUAGUUGAUCAUCAUUAAUUUCAGAAUCCGACCGUCCCUGUUAAACUGAAACAAUUCACCUAAACACCUGCUAGCUCGCUGUCUUUCUCUCUGUUAGCCUGCUAGCGCUGUUAGCCUGCGAGCGCUGUUAGCCUGCUAGCGCUAAGCGUCCGUUCACCGUUUCCUCCCCUCAGUGAGAUCCGUCUCGUGUCCGACCGGAGGACCAUGGCGAUGAGACAGACUCCGCUCACCUGUUCGGGUCACACCCGGCCCGUGGUGGACCUGGCCUUCAGUGGAAUCACUCCCCACGGAUACUUCCUCAUCAGCGCCUGUAAAGAUGGCAAGCCUAUGUUGCGCCAGGGAGACACAGGGGACUGGAUAGGAACGUUUCUGGGUCACAAAGGUGCUGUCUGGGGAGCCACUCUGAACACAGACGCCACCAAAGCAGCCACGGCCGCAGCUGACUUCACGGCAAAGGUGUGGGACGCAGUGAGCGGAGACGAGAUCCUCACACUGGCACACAAACACAUCGUCAAGACGGUCACCUUUACUCAGGACAGCAGCUGUCUGCUCACGGGAGGAAACGACAAGCUGCUGCGCAUCUACGACCUCGCCAACCACGAAGCAGCCCCUCAGGAGAUCGCCGGUCACACCUCAGCCAUUAAAAAAGCCUUAUGGUGCAACAACGACAAGCAGAUCCUCUCGGCUGCAGACGACAAAACCAUACGGCUGUGGGACAGAAGCUCCAUGACGGAGGUGAAGACGCUGUCGUUCGACACGUCUGUCAGCAGCAUGGAGUACGUGCCGGAAGGAGAGAUUCUUGUCAUCACGUACGGAAAGACCAUCGCGUUCUACAACGCUCAGAGCCUGGACUUGAUCAAAAAGGUGGAUGCUCCAGCUCCCAUUAACUCUGCCUCCCUCCACCCGGAGAAGGACUUCUUCGUUGCGGGCGGAGAAGACUUCAAGCUCUACAAAUUUGACUACGGCACCAAAGAGGAGCUGGAGUCGUAUAAAGGUCACUUUGGUCCGGUUCACUGUGUUCGCUUCAGUCCGGAUGGAGAGCUGUACGCCAGCGGCUCUGAGGACGGCACGCUGCGACUCUGGCAGACGGCUGUGGGGAAAACUUACGGCCUGUGGAAGUGUGUCCUUCCUGAGGACCUGGUGGCAGAGAACUCUGAGCAGCUGUACACGUCGCCCCCUGAGAUCAAGGCCUGAGGAGAAAUCAGCGCGGUUAGCAAACGGGACGAGGAAAGGAAAGAAGGGGACGAGCGGAGCGGAGGGGUGUUCCAGGGUAAAAUCAGGCCCCAGCAAGGAGCAGAGUCCAGAGCAUCCAUCAGGACCUGAUGUGGAUAUUAUGACUGCCCUGUCUGUCAUAGACACGCACACACGCACACACACACACACGCACGCACACACACACACGCAUUUACUGCAGCCGUGAGCACAGGAUGGGCUGCAGAGUGAAGCAGUAGAGCUGUGAGCAUCUCCUCAUCGCUGCCUGCUUUCUCUCUGAUCAGUCCAGUUCUGUGCGUCUGCUUCAACUGACUUUAUCUCCCCCCUAAAGACCCCAAGUUACCCCCCCCUCCUCCCCCCAUUACACACCCCACAUGAUGCUUAGAUCGGUUUUGGUUUGAAAGUUAACGUAUUGAAUGAGCUGGACCAACGCUUGUGUUUUCAGUUCAUAGAAUACUGGAGGUCGCUGCACAGUUUGUGCUGACGUUUUGGCUCUUUUAUUUGUUCUGAACAGUCGCUUUGAGUGUUCGCUGCUGUCGUUCUGGUUCAGUCUGAGAAGUUAAUGUUGAAAUAAAAAGAAAAAUAUGUUUUGUGACUAUUUGGAAAGGGGGAAAAGGGUCACUUUAUUUCACUUGGUUUCUGUCUACAUUUAUGUCCAGUGAAGAAAUAAACAAAACGCAUCGCUGUUUAAUUUGUAAGUGAUGCACAAAGAGCAACGCCGUGUUUUUAAUUAUGUUCAAAGUUUUUAAUGUGCACGCAUCAACAAGUCUCACACACUCACUCAGAGUGUAUGAAGGGGCCAAAAAACAACCAUGAACAGGCACUCUUGUUGUUGUCUCUCUUUAUAAAAGUUAUUGCUCGCACACAGCAGUUUGUUCCGACUUUUUUUAACUGGGGUUUCCCACCUGGGGGACACUGACAUGCUGGCAAAUAUAUAUAUUUUUUUACUCUUUCUAGCCUCAGUAAUAUGAUCUGUAAGGGCGCGCUGACACGUGGCCCAGUUG